AUGGCCGACCAGGUGUUGAUAGCCCAUACGGGCCAACGCCUUCAGCUGGACUUUGCACAGCUCACCUCACUUGAUGAAUUCAGGGCUUUUGUCACACGCGAGACGGCCAUACCAUCCGACUGCAUCAUCACGCUUACUCCUCAGGGAAAACCUCUCCGACUUGCCGCAUUCCAGACAGAGAAAGAACUCUACGUAUACGAUGCGCGUAUGGCUCAACCCGAUGCUGCUGGCGCAGCCGUGGCCAACCUCGAGCUGCCUUUACCGAAGAAAUACACGGCGCCGAUUCCGCCCAACGACCUCCGCGACCAACGAUCGCUUGCAGCAUGGCAGGAGCUGUUUCACACGCGGCAGAAGUGGGCGUCAGCAGUGGUUGACGACUGUGCAGUCAAGGCCGAAACGGCCCACGAGCGAUACUCGGAGAUGGACGCGAUGAUGCGCUGCUUGGACGCGGCGGUAGCCAACCUGGAGGCGGUAGUCAAAGGCGUGGAGACCAAGUAUACGGACGUCAAGAAGUGGAUCGGCAGCGCGCAAGCAGACUACGCCCAUCUGGUGGACAAAUGGGAGCAGUAUCUGGAUAUAGCGCGGAAUAUUCCCAUAUCGGCGGCGAUGCUGCAGUUCAUGACAGGUCAGGACAGAACAGUGGCGCCAAAGGGCAAGAACUCGCGGCAACAGGCGCAGGUCCGGGCGACGCUUGAGGACCUGGUGGACGUGGAGACUGCACGCAAGGCCGGCAAGCUGGCGCCGGCGGCACUCCGACGGUUCAUGGCCAAGGUUGCUGAGCUAGAGCGAACGGCUCCGCGUCUUCUUCAGGGUUGCGAGGACGUGCUGCGAGGCUUUGAGCAGACGGUGGACGGGUCAGCGAUGUCGCACGAGGGCGAGGCGGCGCAGCUGCUGCAAGAUAUCCGGGCGGUGGCGUCGAAGAUCGAGACGGACUACCAGACAACGCUGGAGUACACAGACGACUCGGCACGAGACAUUCUGCAGGCGUCAAAGAUUGCAGCAACACACACGGAGCGGCUUCUGCCAAGUCUGCGGAACCGGGCGGCCGAGAUGGACGAGAUGUUCCGAUACGCGAUGGAGUCGCGCAACCGGCUGGCAGCAGAGUCGGUGGAUUUCAUGCGGACAAUCACGGAGCUGACACUGGUCAGCAGCACGGUCAAGAGCCAGAUGGGAGCGCUGGGCGGAGAGGAGGACAUGGCGCACUUUGACUACCUGCGGCUGGUGCAGCAGAUUCCGUUUGUAUACGCGUCGUUUGUCAGCGAGGCGAUCAAGCGACGCGAGUGGCUGGACAAGGUCAGGACGGACUCAUCGACGCUGGCCAACGAAAUGUCAGUGUUCCGCGACGAGGAGGUGAAGCGGCGGCGGAAGUGGCAGAAGUCGGUGGGGAGCCUGGAAUAUGGGCCAACAUCGACGCGGAUGGGGACGGCAGCAACAGCAGCAGGCGACAACCAGGUGGUGGGCCUGGAGGUAAACCUGCUGGGCGAGGAGGCAGAGUGGCCAGCGGUGACGCGGCGGGAGCUGGAGGAGUACUUUUCGGUGCUGCAACGGCAGCAGGCGGAGACAGAGCUGAUCGAAGAUAUUGGCAAGCUGAUGGGGGAGCUGCGAGCGCCGACGAAGCAGCAGUCGAAGCGGAUCAAGGCGUUUCGAAACGGCAGCGUGCACGAGGCAGCGUUGGGGCGCAGCGGGCUGAUGAUCCGGGGCGACGACGACGUGCUGCGCAGCCUGCAAGACGACAAGGCGCGGGUGGAGGGCAAGCUGCGGACGGCUGAGAGCCGGGUGCGGCGACUGGAGGACCUGUUGCACCGACAAAGCCAGGCGUCGCGGGCGAGCAUGGGCAGCGGGGCGCUGUUCCAGCAGUCGGGCGAGCAGCGGGCGGAGUCGCGGGGCGGCGAGCACAACCGGCGGACGUCGGCAGAGGGUGGUGGCAGUAGCAUGGCGUCGACAGCAGCAGCAGCAGCAGCGGCGGCGGCGGCGACAGAGCUGCGAGCGGCACAGCAGCGGAUGCAGCAGCUCGAGGGCGAGCUAGCGGCGGAGAGAGAGCGAACGAGCUCGUUGUCGGGCGAACUAGCGGCGGAAAAGCAGCAGACCGACGCGCUCGAGGGCGAUCUGGCGGUCGAGAGAGAGCAAAGGGGAUCGCUGGAAGGCGAGCUGGCAGCCAAAAAGGAGCAAAUUGACUGUUUGGAGCGAGAGCGCACAGCAGCCGAGAGCAAGACGGAGGAGGCCAACUCGACGAAGAAGGACCUGCUGAAGAACCUGGAGGGUCUCGAGCGGGGCUUUGCGCAGGAGCGGCGGUCGUUGGAGGAGGAGAUCCGGCGGCUGCAGGGGCGAAUCGAGGACGCAGAGGACGAGAUGGAGCACGAGAGGGCAGCAUUUGAGGAGCAGACGCGGGCGUUGCAGGGUGACGUGGCGCGGCUGGAGGGCGAGGCAGCAGAGCAGCAAGAGGAGGUCAGGACGCAGCGGGAGAGCAGCGAAGUGUUGGAGGGAGAGCUGCGGGUGGUGAAGGAGGAGGUGAAAGCAGCAAAAGAGCAGCAAGCAGUACAGGUGCAGCUGCUGCGAAAGCUCCACGAGCGGAUGGAUGGGACGAACUCGGAGGCGGACUCGACGAAGCUGGCAGAGGCAAUGCACCACCGUCUAGACGAGAUGCUCUCACAGCUGCAGACAGCGACAGAAGCACAGAAGAAGGCGGAAGCGCGAGCAUCGACGCUGGCAGAUGAGCUGACGGCGGAGAUGAAAGCACGACAGUGCCAAGCCGGCAAUGUGGACGAGGAGCUCCGAACGACACAGGAAGAGCUGCAGACGGCACAGACGACACAGACUCGGCUGAGCAGCCAGCUGGAAGGACGGACUCGACGAGCCAGAGAAGUGUCGCAGCGGCUGGGCACGCAGACGGAGCGACUGAUACAGCUGCUGGAGCGGCUGGGGUUUAUGGUCAGCCGGGAAGAGGGGAAGACGGUGAUCCAGCGGGUGCCACGGGCCGAACGAUCAGGGAUGCUGGUGGACGGUUCUGGGCCCAGUAAGAGCACAGGGGCGCAGACGGACUGGACGGACGACGACGCGGACUCGGAGGCGCGGCGGUUCGACGAGUUCCUGGCGACGACAAGCAGCGUGGACACGGAGGCCUUUGCAGAAGCCGUGUACCGACGGGUCAAGGAGGUGGAACACAUUGGGCGCAAGCUGCAGCGAGACGUGCGCAGUUACCGAGACAAGGCGCAUGGGCUGCAGAAGGAGGCACACGACAAGAUUGCGUUCAGGCAGUUCAAGGAGGGUGACCUGGCGCUGUUCCUGCCGACACGCAACCAGAGCAGCGGAGCGUGGGCAGCCUUCAACGUGGGUUUUCCGCACUACUUUCUACGAGAGCAGGAGGCGCACCGGCUGCAGAACCGGGAGUGGCUGGUGGCACGGAUCCAACGUGUGCAGGAGAGGGUGGUGGAUCUGUCGGGGGGGCGGAGUGGAAACGGGAGCCGAAGCGGAGCCGAAGGAGCGACGGAAGAAGACACGGAUACGGAAAACGACAACCCGUUUGAUCUCUCAGACGGACUGCGCUGGUACCUGAUCGAUGCGCAGGAGGACAAACCGGGAGCGCCGGCGACUCCGGGCCUGGGCAAGAGCACGGUGGCGGGCAACAACGUGGAAGCGACGGCAGCGAUGGCAGAGGCGGUUGGUCUGACCGGAAGCGGUGGAAGCGGUGCACGGGGCCGAGUGCAAGGUCACGGACGAGGCAGUGGCAGUGGCAGUGGCGAUAUUGCAGGCAUUUCGGGCAUCAGUGGCAGCAUCAUUCGGUCGGCCGGCAUCGAAGGCGUCAGCAAGACACUGUCGCGCAGUCUGGAGAGCCGACGGUCGAGCACGAGCUCACGACGGGGAGGUGGAGGACCAGGGCCGUCAGCAUUGCGAGUGUUGACAGGAGGAGGUGGUGGAAAUGCAAUUGGAAGUGCUCCAGGAACGGCAACUUCAGAAGCCGAAACGGCUCGAAACGGCCAGCUAUCUGAGGUACGCAGCAUUGUGGACUCGCUGAUGGGGCCCACGUGA